AUGACACUUGGCGUUACUACAGGAUUCGAAAUGGACGAUGAUGAUCGUGGUGGUCUUUCGGCUUGUCCAUCCAAAGACUUUUCCGAGGCUUCCAGUUUGUUCAUCAACAACCACACCAGCAACUGGCAGUUUGAAGAAGAAGGAGAAGAAGAAGAUACCGUAGAGGAUGAUUUCAUGACAUUUCCAGCGUCGGAAAACUUUUUCAAGAAUGAAACUGCCACAUCUCCACUGCGUAGGAGCGCCACACAGCAGCAGACUGUUGAUGGACAGAGAAGAAGCCAAACCAAGAACAACCACAACAACAACAACAAUAACACCUCCAUCAUGUUGUUGGUGGACAAAGUGAGCGCCUCCAAACGCAGUGGUGGUGGUGGUGGUGGUGGAGGUGAAGACACUUGCAGCACCCAAAUCACUGAUCACGAAGAAGAUGGAUGCUACACCCUUUCGUUGGCUUCCAACUCGGAACUUGGUGAAUCGUCCUCGCCUACAACAGUGCAAGCCAAAGAUGAGGACGAAGAAGGAGUGAAACCAAAGGAAUACGAAGAUUGCUUCUCAGGUGGCCCCGUGGAGAAACCAAUGAUGAUGGUACCACUGGUACCACCAGUGUCACUACAACAAAAUGGUGAUGGUGAUGAUGAUGAUGAUGAUGAUAAUGUUGACAAACGGCAAUCCAGUAGCGCACGAGAUGCCAUGGAAUUGCCAUCGUAUGUUUUGGAUGACUCUAGCCCUGUUCGAGCAACUGAGGAGAAGGAGGACCACGAGCGAACCUCCUCUCUCGCAAUCGCCACUGAUGAAACUGACAGUCCAGCCGUGGAGGAUGCUACUGCUGUCAUUGCCAUUCACAACAACAACAACAACAACAACCACAACAAUGACACUAUGGUUGUUGGAGAAAUUGGUGCUGCUGAUUCCAAGGUUCGAUACUCCAAAGCUGCCCAAGAGGUUUUGAAGGAAGAAGCACCAGUUUCGUUUUCGUCGUCGACGGACAAAGAUUUGGACGAGAAUGCUAGCAAGACGGCAAUCCUGUUGUCCUUGCAAUCCCAAUCGCAUGCCGCAGCCAUGGAGUUCCAAGUCUCUGCGGCAAACGCCACCAAAAACGUGGCGGGAGACGUACAACUUGCCAAGGAUACGAUUGGUUGCGACGAUGCACUGGAAAAUAUUUGCAAUGGAUUGGCCGAUAGCACUCUGUAUGGAUGCCAUGUCUUCAUGUCCUUGUUUGACAAUGAUGACUCGGCUGAUGAAUACGAUGAACAAGAAAUGAUUGAGGCCCAACAAUCCAUGGACAAGGGAGAAAUUAUGAUUCCGGAAGAGGCACCCAUGAUGCAAUUGAUGGAGGAAAUGAACGAAGCUCAUCAAAGACUCAUGAUUGAGGGAGCCAUUGACGAGAACAUUCCGCAAGAAGUCAUAAUAGAACAAGAACAAGAGCAACAACACAUGACAUUGGGCGAAAUUAUUGCGAUUCCUCAACAAGAAGAACACAUGCUAAUCAUGGCAUUAGAGGAGGAUGAUCCCAUUGUGCCACGAGUGGUUCGCAAGGGACAUGUUCUAUCUGACAUGUUCAAGGAAAAAGAAGAAGACCAAGGCAAACAUCAGCGACAACAAAAUAAUGCUCUUCCUCCCACCACUGUAUCCGCAAGAAAACUCAUCGCUUCUUGGCCUCCCAAGAAGCAAUAA